CAAAUAAAGAGAAAAAAUCUUUUCAUAGGCACUAUAAUGACACUUUUCCAUACACUAUAAUGAAUAUAUUUUGCCGCAGGUCCUGUUUCGGCUGCCCUGACGAUAUGUGAAAAAAUGUCAAAGGCUGUUUUCCACAACAGUUUAAAGUGCUUAGAGUACAUCUUGGAAAUUUACGAUCAACUACCUGAUUCAUCUCGAUCAAAAAUAAUAUGGAUCGAUGGGAACUCUCCACUUUUUACAUUUACAAAAAAAUGUUGCUGGGCAGCUAUGAGAAUAGUUGAGAAACAUCCAAGCUUCAUAAAAGACGUCGUGGAUGAGCCUGGGAGUGAUGGGUCUACGCCCUUACUUGUUGCAGUCAAAAGAAACCACAUAGAAGUAGUGAAAUGGUUGAUGAACAACUCUGGAAUGAAACUGCAGAUUGAGAGAAGAAACCGCAAAGGAGAGACAGCAAUCUAUCUCGCAGCUCUGAACGGCCAAGCUGAUGUAAUAAAAGAAAUGUUGGAGAGAUGUACGUAAGACCAACAAUCAUGUAACACAUGACGACCAUGAGCUGAGCAUAAGCCUUCAUAGUAAAUGCUACUCACUCAACAAAACUAUACUUAACUGAUAAAAAGUUUUGAUAAUGAGAAAUAUUGCAAAACAUUCCCAAAGAAGGAUUCCCUACGACCCCUGGCGCGAUGAUAAACCUUCCCCCUUUCCCAAUAUUUUGUGAAGUGUCCAUCACUUAAUUUAAUUAACAUGCAUGUUAAUUAUUGAGCUGGCAUCCUGUAAAAAACUUACGAACACGCAGCUUUAUCAGCUUAACAAACAUGCAAAUUUGUUUUCCCAUGAGAACAGACAUUAAGUGUUUUGUAAUAUAGCUGACUUUACGAAAAUUUCACAUAUGAUUUUGGAUGUGAAAAUUAUCUUUUGCCCACGGAGCGAUGAUGAAGGUUGGGGGGGGGGGGGACUGCUUUUCAGAUGAUGUAAGUUCGCGGCGCUCCUAUAUAGGGUUUGGGGUCAUGCCUCCCAGAAACGUUUCGGAUAAUUACAAGCUUGAAAAAUGCAUUUCCAGCUACUUCCCAAACAUACAGUAGGCAAAUAAAUUUUUGAAAACACGUGUCCAAGGUAGGCCUAAUUGAAAUUAGUAGAGAAUUAUAGUAUCACCUCAUGCACGCAUGAGUGGAAAAAGAACAAUUACGGGUCAAGUCGGUAUGUUAUAAGAAACGGUAUAAAGUUAAACGUUACUCUGCUCUGAAAUAAUGUACCAUAUCAUUUAGAUGCAUCUUCAAAAGAACACCGAGAAAGUUUACUUACCAAUGAAGACCUGUACGGAGAAGGUCAUUCAAUACUUUAUCCAGCGUCGCAGAGUGGUAACCCCAAUAUUCUUGAUGUUCUGAUGGAAGAAGAGCAGGCAUCCUUAUGUCUACAAAAAGAAUUGCAACACUUUGACUCAGUCAAGUUUUUGGGCAACGUCUGUGUGUCAGGAUGUGAGAAACUCUUGAAUGUCAUACUGGAGUUAGAAAAUGAUUUAUUAAUCGGAGAUUGGAAGGAUGAAAAUGGAGCAACACCUUUAAUGCGGUAGUAGGUUUACAAACGUAGUUGAGGUGAAAUUUAAAUUGAGCUAAGCUGAACUCAACUCAUCUCAACUGGACUGGAGUAAAAUAAACUAAACUAAACCGCACCACACCACACCACACCACAUGCCACACCACACACCACACUACACUAUAAGUGAAGAAGCUAGUAAAACUAGGUUAAAGUAGUUAGCAAAACACUCGGCUAAAGCUUCGUUUUUGACACGAAUCUCUCGUGUUCUCUUAACUUUACCGUCGCGUGCUUCGAUGGUCCGAUAACUUGAUAUAGGAACAGUACACCUUUGGUAUUUUUUAAGUAGGUAUAUUAUGUAAAAUUACCCUUAAGCUUGAACAAUCUGUUUUGAUACUUUGUAGGGUAGCUGAAGCUGGUAAAUUGGAAACUGUUAAAAUUAUAUUGGGAACUGAAAGUGGCAAUACCACAAUCUCGAUGUGUGACAACAAUGGGAAAAAUGUCUUUCACUAUGCUGUGAAGUACCCAGCAGUCGUCGAACAUCUUAUAAUGGUAGGUCAUCAACAUGUAUGUACAUGCAUUAGUUAAUUCGGGCAAACGGUAGUUUCUUUAUGGGACGUCGACACCAACGAUUUUUUUCUAGGUUGAUCCCACACAAGAGUCGAGUUAGGACAAGAAUAAUAAACCGGUUCGGAGGUUGAAAUUUAAUGAGAUUCGGGAUAAAAUCUAGUUCAUCAAUUGAGCAUAUAACGAGACUGCUACGUUUUCGGUUUUGAAUUAUUGAUUUUUGGAAGGAAGAAGGAAGAUUGUCAUUAAGGAAGCAUUAUCAGGAACAAAGCAUUAUCUGCAGGCUAUCCUAAUUGAUGGUCUAAAUAGGUAGUUUCGAUAAUUCCAUCUCAGCUUCAUGUGAUGAAUGAACUGGAACAUUUGAGUGGGAGUGACUUUCCGCUGCCUGAGGCAUGACAGGAUUUGGCUCUCGGUAACGUUUUCAGCAAUCCUAGUUGAAAAGUAUCACUUUAUUUCGAUACGUUUUCUUUUUACGUCGGUGAAUCCUUGAACGGGUUCUGUGGACGGUUCAUUUUGCGCAUAGACAAUUUACUGCAUGGUAAUUCUCUUGAUUUCGCAUUUGGAUUUGCUAUUACCAUGAAGCGGAGGGCUUAUUUGUCUGCUUACUUUGGCUUCCUUACGCCUGGACCUUGUUUGUCUUGACUGCUUUGGCAUAUGAUUUUGGUAGUUGAUGUUGUUGUUGUUGUUGUUGUUGUCCGAACGAACUUGACGACGUGAGAGUCGCAGGUACUGCAUUUGACGAAAUGCACAUAAGUAUCAUCAAUGUUAUCAAAUAGAUACUAUAAUUAGACAGAUAAAAGGUUUAUUUAAAUAGGAUAUCCAGUCAGUAUAAAAUUCUACUGGAAUCAAGAAGCGCCGUGUGAAAUAAAUUUAACAAUACACAAAUUACAAUUUAUAAAACUUGAAAACUACUGUACGUACAAAAACUAGUAAAUGUAAACAUCAACAACAUUAAAAUUAUAUAUAAAUACAAUGAUUUAUAAACAACAUAUUAUAUACGGAGGUGAAGAAGAUUACUCUGUCUAGUUUUUCCUGAAGUGAUACCAUGAUUAAAUGUAAAAUAAUUCAUUAAAAAUUGCGAUACAUUGUUCAUAAGAGAUUUCGUAACUAAUUUAAAAGCAUAAAAUCGUCGCCGCUUGGAAAGAGUGCCCAUCCCACCGGCAGAACAGCAUCCAGGCCCGGAGCUACGGAGGGAGGGGGGUGUGACCCCCCCCAGAAAUUGUAUUCAGUCGGCAGGACUGCUAUUCAGUCGGUAGGACUGCUAUUCAGUCGGUAGGACUGCUAUUUGGGUUAAAUAUUUUCGCGCAAAGGGCUUAUAAGAUAGUGGUCGCAUAUUUAGAAAAAUUUUUUUGAUAAAUGGAGAAAAUUUGUGAUGUCUGGAAAAUUUGUUUGAUUUUCCGAAAAAUAUUGGUACGUCCGGAAAAAUUUUUGGACCCCUAAAAUGGUACACUGACCGAAAUUUUUUUGGCGACAGGGGGGGGAGAUCGCCAAAAAUAAUUUGUUCCAGAAAAAAAAUUUUCGGCACUGGUCGGUUGAAAUGACCUUACACCCCCCUGAAGAAUUCCCUGAGGACGGCCCUGACAGCAUCACAACACUGGAAUUCAAAAUAUGUCUUUGCAGCACGAUUUGCAAGCGUUCCAACCUAUCUGCAUCAUCUCAGCUUAUUGCAGCAUGUCUAUAUACUGUGUCGCAGUAUCAUCUUAUAAGAUGAAACAGUAGUUAGACGCUAAUUGUUUCUUCUCUUAUGUUGAUUUUCAGUUGAACAAAAAUAGAGAUACAAUCAACAAAAAGGCUAAGGAUGGUAGUACUCCAUUACAACUUGCUGCCGAAGGAGGAUUUAUUGAGGUACCUUUUACAAGGCACAUAUAAAUAUCUUGAAAUAAUAGUGUGCUGUUUAAUCAUGCAAUACCUCGAACACAAGGGAAGAUACAGAUUGUGACUUGCUUUUGCAGUCGUGUAUAUAACGAUCUCCUGCGACCACCCCAAACUAUAUUCACGUUUUCUCCGCCCACUUUUCAUGUUUCAAAUUUUCGACAGGUUUCUUCUGCUUGGAGUUUUCGAUGGCGUUGUAUUCUAUAAGCAUGUUUAUAGUCGAAAUUACAGUAUAGAAUGCGGGGAGUGUGAUUUACCGAAUAUAUAUAUAUAUAUAUAUAUAUAUAUAUAUAUAUAUAUAUAUAUAUAUAUAUGCCUAUGCUAUAUAUAUAUAUUCAGUGAAAUCCACUCCCCACAUUCUGUAAUCACUGAUUAAUUAACUAUCUACCUGUCUAACUAUCUAACCGACUGGCUGGCUGACUGACUGGUUUGACUAGCCGAGUAGCUGAGAAACUAACAUCACUUUAACUUAGAUUUCACUGACUAUGGUGGGGUUGAUCAACCAGAUAUAAAGAAGUUAAAAAAUAAGGUUACUGAUAAGAAAGAACGAAAAUUAUUUAUAAAUUAAAUUACAACAAAAAUAUCACUAAAUUCAAGAGCAUGCAUCAGUCAAACCUUGUUUUAAGCACUGCGAUCUGAAACGACUUAACGGGAUAGUUUGUUCUUAGGCGAUCAGACAGGUUGGCUUAGAAAAUUAUAAUGAAUAGUUUAGGGUGGUCGCAGAACACGUUUUGUUAACGGUGUUCAUGAUCAUUCAUGGCUAGAUGCAGUUGACGGUAUCACAUGCGUAAAUCGUAUGUUUUGCGUUGUUUUUUUUUUAUAUCUUCUAGAGCUUUAAAAUGUUGUUAGGAUACAUCACAGGUGAAAAGGAUCUAUUUUAUCCUCCUUUUGUCGGCUAUACGACCAUCGAAGUACUAGAAUUAGCUCUUGACGAUUGGAAAUUACGUGAUGAAUUAGCAGCAUCAGCUUUUCUUCGCGGAAGUUACAAGUACCCACCUCUCCAUAGAGCUGCUAGAGUAGGAAAUAUUGAGAUGAUGCAACUUUUACUUGAUAAAGGUGCUGACGGCAAACAAAGAGAUAGGUAACUAUACUUUAAGAUAUGACUUUUGAAGAUCCUUCGUUUUUCCAGGCUUCUUAUUUUCAUUUUUGAAUUUUCGUGUUGUUUACCAAGCAAAUGCAAUGGACUUUCUGUCUUAUUCGCCUCAAGAAAAAAUUACGCCAGUAGGCAAUAAAGAGAAAUGAAUUUAUCAUUUUAAAACUACUGUAAUGUAUAAUGUAAUAAUGAUACUAUUUUAGCAUGAGAAAGAAAAUAUGAAGCAUUGCCAUUGCCUUCAAACGUGAAGGUCCAGACACACCGGACGCGAUUCGACAACGCGACGCGAUUUUUUAGUUUCUGAAAGUUAAUAAAACAGCCAAUGAGAGCACAUUUUGAAGAUAUGUUGAUCAAAUAACUCAAAAGGUUAUAACGCUUCUAAAUAUUUGGAAAAUAUAAACUAAGAUCAAAGUUAUCGGUCAGUGAAAAUUAAUAAAUCGCGUCGGGUUGUCGAAUCGCGUCCGGUGUGUCUGCAUGGACUUUUAAGUUUAAACUGACUAUUAUCAGAAGUCAUUCACAGCUUUAAAACACUCGUUAAAUAAUUGGUGAAUAUACCUAACAACAGUAGAUUUAUCAUAUAUAUAGAGCGUUUUGCACUCAUUCCCCAGGGACCAACUCAACAAAAGUCAUGGCGGCCAUGUUGGUGUCAACCAGUAUCUUAUUUGAAUAUAGGCUACUAGAUGGAACAGCGCUUCAUAGUGCUGGCAACCGUCCUGCUGCAGAAUUUCUGAUCAAGAAAUUUCCAGAGAUGAUUGAUUACACGGAUAAUGAUAUGGUUACAGCGAGUGGACGAGCAUUUGUGGAAAACAAAGUACAAAUCCUGAAAUUUCUUUUGAAGAAUGGAGCCCAAAUGACAAGCGGAAAGAACAGGAGAAAUAUAUUUGAUUGCGAUUAUUACGAGGAAGCCAAUGAGGCUACGAUCAUGAUAAUAAUCAAUUUCUGCUUGGAGGACAACGGACCAAAUCUUCGAAAGGUAUAUAUAUAUCGUUUAAUAUAUAGAUCGAGUUUAAUAAUAACCUAUUUAAUAAUAAUAAUAAUAAUAAUGAUAAUAAUAAUAAUAAUAAUAAUGUAAAUUAUGUAAAGUUUCACAUAGAUAGAGCUGUUGAGUCUCCACUCUGUAGACUUUGUGGGGAAAAGGGAGAGCAUAUAACACACUUGAUAAGUGAAUGCAAGAAGCUAGCACAAAAAGAGUACAAACGAAGACAUGACAAUGUGGCUCGCAUUGGACACUGGAAGCUAUGUGGUUUGUACCAACUAGAGAAAGCUGAAAAAUGGUAUGAACACCAACCAAAUGGAGUAAUUGAAUCAGAUAAUGUAAAGAUUCUCUGGGAUUUUAACAUACAGUGCGAUCAUGUGAUUGAAUGUCGAAGACCUGAUAUUGUAGUGGUUUUAAAGAAGGAAAAGGAAUGCAAGAUCAUAGACAUCGCAGUUCCAGGGGACUGUAGAAUUGGUAUAAAAGAAACAGAGAAGGUAGAAAAGUAUGAGGAGUUGAAGAGGGAAAUUCGGAAAAUAUGGGCAAUGAAAAAAGUAGAAGUCAUUCCAAUAGUAGUAGGUGCCUUAGGAGCAGUUAGUAAUAAUUAAAACUGGAUAAGUGGAUUGAGAAAUUGGGAAUACAUAUAAGAAUAGAACUUCUACAAAAAACAGCAUUGUAAUAAUAAUAAUAGAAAAAUACAGUGGACUUAUGUUAAAAAGCUCCAUUGCCCGAGACAUAAACGAUGAUAUGAUUUAUGUCUUUCAGUUCUAGAUAUAAUGUUACCUAACACAAUUUUCGUUAAUUCUAGUAGAAUAGUCAUGUUUAUGUGCGACAAGGACGUGGUGACAGGGAUAGUUUCUGUCACGAAUAAUUGCCUCUAUUUCUCGAAGAGUUAGUUUCUUUUUUCGCUAAGCGAAGGAAGUGCCGGCGUCGCCCGGCAAACCAAUAAUGCGUAAAUGUCUCCUUUGGAUACGUUCAAGGUCGUUCGCUAAGUAGAGAGGCGGGCCAUCCACGACUGGUGCAGCAUAUUCAACAGGCCUAGGAGUCGAAUUUUGGUGCAGUAAGUUGCAAGACCGACUUCCGUAGGAAGGUGGGCCUUCCACACUGAUCUAAUAUCACUAUAUCGGUGGCCUUCCUAUAGUUCCUACACUGCAUUAGAUGGUGUGAUCUCCUAUUUCUAUCACGGGUAAUUUCUUUAAUGCGAGAAUUCCAUUUCAUGUUACUUUGACAACCAACACCAAGUAUUACUAACUGCAAUGUAUUUACUCUUUCGAUCAUAUUACGCAUGCGUAGCGCUCUUCCCCAGGCUCCCUCGAACUGACCUCAGGUUCUUGGCAACGUUCAUGGAGCUAUACAUUGUCAGUCAAGAACAUCUCGGAUUUUCAUGUUUGCAUUCUAACGCCAUCCAAUUGGUUCCUCCUGCCAUGGUAAUUAUCGCAGAGCAACCGUGAUCCAACGCUUUAAAUAAAGUCCUACCAAUUCAUUAUAGAGGUUCAGAUUUGACAGCCGCUACCGAUAUCAUUAAGGGACCAUCAACAAUCAGAUGCGUUUGAUAUAUUCAAUUAACCAAUAGAUGCGUACUAAGCCAGUUAGGAGAAACUGGGGAAGGAGCGCCACCUCUUGAUGAUUUCAGAUUAUCACAAAACGUGUCUAAAGUGCAUGAAAUAGCAUUUCGCAGACCCUAAAAAUAAAAAUAUUUCGGGGAACGCUAGCACUAGCCGGGCGAUUAGACCCCCUCCUCCGCCACUCGUUUGGGACUGGUUAUCCCCCUAGUUGGAAGUGGAAGUGACAUUAUCUACCAGUUUGUUUUUGACUAGAUGUCUGACUAGCAUGCGCUGUCAAGAUUCUGGCUAGUUCUCAUCUAUAGUAGUAGGUACAGUUUUCGAUCCAGAUUUUUGAGCUGGCGUAUGAUCGAGAUGGCGGAUUAUCAAUGGCACAAAAGGAGGUGGUGUGUUUGUGUGAGGUGGAAGGAAGUGAAGUGAGGCAGAGGACUCAUUAUGAAUGUGUGACGUCAUACAUAAUACACCCGUUACAAGACUGAGCAUGUUUGGACGAAACAAACAUUAAGCUUAGCCAUCACAAUGGCAAUCUCGCAUUGCUAGAAAAACAUUUAACCUUUUAGACUAUUUAUACAGUAAAGGCAAGAUAGAAUAAUUUUAUAUACGAGGAAUUAUAUACGGAAGAUAGUGUAAUAGAAGUAAAAAAAACAUAUAGGACAAUGUUUUAAAGCGGUAGUCAAGUCCGUUUGCGCAUGUAUAGAAAUUGCCAAACUGGUUCUGGUGCUUCGUCUACCAUCCCUUCUCAGGCCAGGAAUCGGGACUGUAUAAAAACGCUUUAUUUAUUCUUACGGUAGUAAAAACUAUAUAAAUCUCGUCCUCGUCGCCAAAAUUGUCAUUUGAUUAAAUCAGCUUACAGUAAUAACGCAACAAGGAGCCAUCUAUGAUCAAGCACAUGUCCUGCGCAGGCACAAGCAGUAACCAUAGUGAACACAUAACAAUUAUUUUCUACCGAGGAUUGUUCCGAGAUAUUGAGGCAUAAAAACAGCAAGCGAAUUUCAGCGAGAUUGUGCUUGGGCGUGCAAUGCAUCACCCUGAGACUCAUUUUAAAGUACUAUCUAACAUUAUCAUGCAUUUACCAUGAUAAAUGGUCUAAAUACGUUCUUCAAAGUAAUAUUAAAAGGUUUUUCCUUCAAAGUAAUAUUUAGUUUUGUCAUCACGACAAAAACGUUAUUUAAUUGGGUGACUUUAUGUUUAUGUUUCAGCUGAUGGACGAUUCUUGUCGUUUCAAUAACGACAGUUCCCAAAUGAUGUCAUGGCUCAUAAAGAACUGCCUUGGUGCUGCCGUAAAGAUUUUAGACCAAUGUAUUUACAAAAAAAGGAAAAGAGUUUACAAUCCAAAUUUAGGAAUCUUCUCUAAUAAUUGGGUAAUCAAUUAUUAUUUCUUCCCGCUCCAGCCAGUCAAGAGUAAGCACAAUUACAUAUUUUUAGUUUUAUACCGUAAACUUAUAUUGCAACCAUAAUCAUCUCGCAUAAAACUCAGAGUAAUAGCAACCAUAAGUUAAAGUUUAACUAUUGGCUUUUAUGCGCGGCUGACUGUCGAGAACUUGCGCAGACAAAACUGAAAUUUCUGAUUACUUCAUAUUUGGUAAACUAUAUUUACAAAACUUAUGAAGUAAACACAUUGUGUAUUUGCUAAAAAAUUGCAAUAGUCAUGUAUUGCACAGUGACGUAGCCAGGAUUUCUAGUCGAGGGGGGGGGGGGCGAAAAAUUCCCUGGGAGGGCCGAAGCAAUUCUACUCUGCGCUAGUUCGAAUAAAUUUGUUUAUUAUGUGAAAAUGUAUUUAGAUUCCCACGCUAUCCAUACAUAUAAUUGAAUUCUAGAGGAGGUAAAGUGCCAUUUUCAGCAUUUUGGGGCCUAUUUUAAUGCGUUUUGAUGAUUUUAAAUAACCAUUUAACACAACAACUCUACUUAAUCACAAAUGAAUCCAGAACAUUUGAAACAUAGGAAGAUAUAACAUUUCCAUUACAAGAAAUGAAAAUAUAAUGUACAUGUUUGUAUAAGGAGAGACCCCACAUUUUUCUGGGCACCCCCUACGUCACUGGUGUUAUACAGUGACGUACACUGGUAUUGUAUCAUGAUAAAGGGGGUGAUGCUCGGAACGUUAACAGUUGUUCUGAUUGAAUUAUUAAAGCAUUAAGGAGGAAGGAAACUUUAUGAACUUAUAUGCAUAUAAUUAUUCGCCGAAGGCGAGGUGAUUAUCGGUGAAUAAAAACCGAGACGAAGUCGAGGUUUUUAUUCACGAUAAUCACCGAGCCUGAGGUAUAAUUUCAUAGGUGAUUAUUUGGGAAAAAAUAAGAAAAUACACAUUUCUUUGUCAUUUAAUUGACAAAAAGGCUUCGGCCGCCAUUUUGAAAAUCGCUUAGGUGAUUAUCGCGUAAUAAUCACCUCAACGGCAACCAAUCAGCGUGGAGAAUUUUCAAUAAUCACCUAUGUAAUUAUACUAAAUGCAAAUAUACCCUAAAUGCAAUCUGACUUUCCUUUUCAGAUACUGCAGGAAAGCUUGAGACUAUUGAAAGUAUGGUUCAGUAUAAGCGGGAUGAGUGCUUGGCUCAUCCUGUUGUCAUCAAGUUCUUGAACCAAAAAUUGAAUUCUCGCAACGUACGAUUAUGGUUUGUUUGUAACGUUUGGCUGUACACGAUAUUUCUCAUCUCCCUGACUGCAUAUACUGCAAUCCAAACCAAAGGUGAGAGAAAUUAUUACACUGACCUGAAAGGUCAAGUGUCUUAAAUCCCUAAUUUUCUGGGGUUUUCGUGUUUUCUUCGUCGUCGAGAAAUCGAGUUUGCUGUUAGCGCAUCGCAGGCUCAGUUUCCAGUGUUCAAGUCGUUCCAAUUUACUAUACAGAUCAGUUUUCAAGAUGGCGGCCAUUCAAUGAGUGACUAUUUCAGUCUCAAAUAUUUUCUUUAUUUGUCAACGAAUUGACCGCGUUUUUCUGUGGAAGUUGACUUGUUUUCUUUCGUGCAACGUUUCUAGAUCUGGAAAUAAAAUAUCUGGAUCGCCGAGUUUUUCGAAUUUUAUACGUUACGAUCGGACUUACCGAGUUACGGAAUGUAAACAAUGUUGUCUGCGUUAGCGCAUCGCAUGCUCAGAGACCAUGUGCAUUUAUGGAUAACGUUUGUAUUUGUGAUUAUAAUACUUGUGUUUCAUUGAGCAUUACGAAAACAUCUCCUCAGGAUAACUUAGGAUAAUUCUGCGUAUCCACCCACUCAUGUAUCAAUCACGCCACGCUUUCAGCCUUUCACGCUUUGCGUUUGCGGUUCACUCGAUUUGUAUUCCUUGGCUAUUACAUUAUAACACGAAUGACGUCAUUUUCAGGUCAGCGUGAACGCCUGAGCAGGCGUCUUGUUUUAAUACAAUAGUACCUCGUUAAUUAUUUUGAAAGAAUAGUUCCUUCAUGAAAUAACCUGCCUUCAGUCAUCAAAUCUUCUUCCUUUGUGUUUUCCUUCAGGACAAAAUUCUAUCAAUAUUAUUGUUGUAUAAAACGUAACUUUGACUUUGUCUUUGAUGCAGAAAGGUCACGAACCUAAAAACAUUUUGUGUCAAAAAUUAGCGUCGUAAUAUCAACUGAAUCCCUGGGUAAUAGAUAGAGAAUACUAUAUCGCUACUGGGAAGUGGCUAAUAGAUAGAGAGAAAACUGGAUAAAAGACAUAGAGAAAACUGCUCGUAGAUAAACCGUUCUCAAAAGACCAAAAUAAAAAAAGAUUUACAAUUUAUGAUCGCAGUAAUAGUUUUAACAAAGCUUGUUUCGUUUGUUACAGUCAAAACGGAAAUACCUGCACACUUCCGCUUGUGUAGUUUGUUGUGUAAUACUGUACUUCUGUAGCUGCUGAAAAAAUGUUUGUUCAAAAAUCGUGCAUUAAGAUAUAACUAAUAACUGUUGUGGAAUUUAUUGAUUAGUCAACGCAUAUUCCAUCCAAAAUAAUGCUAACAAACAUUCAAAUAUAAGUCAAGAAUAAGCGGCUUCUUGUCGGUAAAUUUUUACAGAAAUACAGUGUUACACAACAAACUACAAUAACUGAAGUGUGCAGGUAUUUCCGUUUUGACUGUAAAGAUAAACGAACUAUGGAUAGACUAGCCUACGUCAUAGACUCAAACUCGUUCUGACUUACAUUCACACUGUGUAUUGAAAAAUUUCUACCAUAACAAUCAAGAUGAAUAGUUUUGGAUUUUUUUCAGGAAUGGUUUUAUCUCUUCUCUUUUUUAUUUUUACAGCCAUUUCGUCGAUGAAAAGUAAAAAAACAUUUACCCAGAGCAUGCUAAAAAUAUUGCUAAAAACGACUGCCGGCAUGCAAUAAUGUAAACAAUGUCAAAUUGAGCGGGCUAGAAUUAGCUCGCUAAUAUAUUCAUUUUAUAGCCCACAACACCCACUAAAGUUACUAAUAAUCGCUAAUGUAUAAAGAAUCAUGCUGAUAAAUGGAGAAUACUGGCUAGUAUAUAGAAAAAACCUAGCUAAUAGAGAGAAGCAAGUAAUGGCAAAACGUUCUAGUAGUUGUGGCAGCGAAACCUUUAGAUAGCUUCUUCUUUUAAAAAUGCGCCGCUGACGCGAAUACAUCGGACAAGCAAAGUUAACAAACACAAAAACAAUAUUGACCCCAACAACCUCAUUCCCAGAGUUUCAUCGCUGGCAGCGGCGAAACCCUGGAAACAAGGUUCUAAUGCCAACGAAAACGUUUAUUAUUGCUUCGUUUUCAGGCUUCUACAGUUCAAGAUCACCAGCAUUGUCCACUGUAACUCUCAUUUUUUGCAUACUUAACAUGCUUAAAGAAAUUUUCCAGGUUUGUAGCAGUGAAUUGCAUGGUCACUACAUUUCUAAGCAGCAUGGAUGGCGAUCGAGUGCUGUUAGCGCGCAACCUCUCAUUGCUGAGUUAAUAAAUUAAGCUCGGUCCGACGGAAUUAGCACUUGGAUGAGUGACUGUAUCCUAAGUGCAGUUGUUGGUUUUCUCCCUUGCUCCAAGGACUAUAUAAUUAUGUGGCACUCUAUUUUGACAUCGAUUUUUUCUCGUUUAGGCAAAAUUUGAUUGGAAUGGCUAUUUUCGUUCCAUCGACAAUUAUUUCGAAUGGGUGACGUACAUUUCUGCUAUCGCUUACGUCGUACAGCCAGCAGUCGAAAGAAGCGAUUUUCAGGUAGCUUCUGGAUCCCUUGCAGUAUUUUUUGGCUGGAUAAAUUUUAUUUGGUUUCUAAAGAGGUUCUCGCUAUUUGGAAUCUACGUCCUUAUGGCAAAGAAAGUUUUGAUCUCUGGCUUGAAAGUAAGUUCCAUUAAUUAAAUUCUUCAAAACUCUAUUAUAAAUGAACGGAGAAAUGAACAAAAGUGAAACAUUAAGAGAACGUUUGGCGGUUAUAAAGAUUGGUCUUCGUUCUCGAGAUAGGUUUUUAUAUCUACACAUCAUACAAUACAAGCAUUUCAUUUUACAAGCAUUCAUGCUCAGGAAGUACGUACAUGACGCAAUUGGUAAAUUAAAUGCAUGUAUAACUCAUUAGGACCGGAUAAGAUUCCGACCGAACUUCUGAAAGAUUCAAACGAUGUGGUCUGACUCCCCUUUCUUAACAUUAAUAUUUAAUUCCUCGAUUGGAAGAGGAAUGUUUCCGAAUGGUCUUAAAACAGCGAGAAAUGCACCAAUUUAUAAAUCUGAAAACAGAAACGCGUGGGGCAAUUAUCGGCCAAUUUCUUAGACCGCGAGCAGUCCCUCGUGGGAAAGGAGGGCGCCCAGAAAGCUCAACCUUUGGAAAGGAGGGACCGCUUGCAGUUUACCUAUUCUGUGCUUUCAAUAAUUGCUAAUUAAACUCUUUGAGACAUUUGUCUAUGAACAAUUAACUCAAUACAUUUUUAACCGAUAAUAAGAUUUCGAGUCCAUGCCAGUCCCGCUCUUUUAUGGAAUACUGAUUCGUGGUCACUGAAUAUGGAUGCUGUAAUGAUAAAUGGAGUACUUUUUCUUGAUUUAUGCAAGGCAUUUGACACGGUUGAUUAUAAAAUUCUUAUUAAAAACUAUUAAUUUACUGAUGUUCAAAACAAAGCCCUUGGCUGGUUCAAAACGUAUUUAUCAAUGCAACAUCGUCUCUUUGGAAGGUUACCUGGGAAUGACAAUUCAGGUAAAGCAUGCCGUGGUCCAACAAUGGGUGAGUUUGAUUCUGCAUUGCAUUGCGUCGCUAGAUUAAAAGGCCUAAAAAUUGCUAGUAUAAAUGUCAAUAGCUUAUUGAAACACAUUGAGGAAAUUAGGCAUCUGUUAUUUAAAUUUCCCUUCGAUAUUUUUGCUAUUAAUGAAUCCAAAAUAGAUGAUUCUGUAAUGGAUGGGGAAAUAAGUAUCCCUGGUUUUAACUUGAUAAGAAAGGACCGUAAUAGGGCAGGAGGCGGUGUGGUGUUGUAUAUCAGAGACAACCUAUCCUAUUUGGAUAGGAAUGACUUGGUGCCCGAUCGUCUUGAGAUGCUGUGUGCUGAAAUUACUCGCCCCUUUAGCAAGUCGCUUUUUGUCUGCACAUGGUAUAGGCCUCCGAAGUCAAACUUGAGCUUAUUUAAUGAUUGUGAUGUAUUUUUUCAAAAAUGCGAGUCUGAAAAUAAGGAAUUGAUUAUAAUUGGUGAUAUUAACUGCGAUGUUAUGAAAACCUCACCAGAUGCCCAUACACGACAAUUAAACUUUUUGUGUUCUCUUUAUCAACUUGACCAAUUAAUUAAUAAACCUACAAGAGAGACCAACACCUCGGCGACCUUGAUUGAUUUGGUCUUAACUAAUGCUAAAGAAAACAUUUCGACGUCUGGUGUAAUAAAUCUGGGGAUGUCUGACCAUAGUUUGAUUUAUGUGGUCAGGAAGUUCACCCUUCCAAAACUCAAACCUAAUGUGAAAGAAGUUAGGGAUUAUAAACAUUUUAAUGCUGAAUAUUUUAUUGGGGAUUUAGCCAGAAUGCCUUGGCAUGUAAUUAAUCAAUAUAAUAAUCCCAACGAAUGCUGGAGGGUAUGGAAAUCUUUCUUUAAUGAGAUAUUAAAUAUACAUGCGCCGAUUCGACAUAAGCGAGUAAAGGGGAACUCGGUCCCAUGGAUUACUCCGGAAAUUAAAUGUAUGAUGAGAAACAGAGACUAUCAUAAAAAAUAUGCAAUAAAACAUUCCUCACAGCCACAUUGGGAAAGUUUUCAAUUUCUGCGGAAUAAAGUGAAUGUUGAAAUGCGAAAUGUAAAAUCAAAAUAUUUUCAUGAUAAAAUCACUGAUUGCUCUGUAAUGAAUGACCCUAAAAAGACUUGGAAAUUAAUUAAUUCAUUAUUGGGAAAGAAUAACAAAUCCAACAAUGUGAAUGAGCUGCUGGUUGACAGCACGUUAGUUUCGGAUCCUAAAUCUAUUGCAGAUGCAUUUAAUGACUAUUUCAUUAGUAUUGGGUCGAAGCUAGCAGCAGAAUAUGUAGACGAGUCCUGUAGUAAUGUUGAUAAUCAGCCCAUAAACUAUAAUAUUAAUCAAUCCUCAGAUACUUUUUUUAAAGUAUCUCCAAUAUCCGUUGAUAGUGUUGCCUCGACCCUAAGAGGCCUAAAAGCAUGUAAAGCAACAGGUCUUGAUAAAAUUCCUGCUAAAAUUCUAAAAUUAUCUGCAAACAUAAUUGCACCCUCGUUGACAUUCAUCUUCAAUCUGUCGCUUGCAACGGGCGUAUAUAUAGAUGAAUGGAAGCGUGCUCGUGUUACGCCAAUAUUUAAAUCCGGGGAUAAAAGACAAUGUGAGAACUAUCGGCCUAUUUCAAUUUUACCGGUGGUGAGUAAAGCCUUUGAGAAGGAAGUUUUCCGUCAAGUAUAUAGAUACUUGUCUGAAAGCUCUCUUCUGUCAAAGUUUCAAUCUGGAUUUCGUCCAAAGCAUUCAACUGUAACUGCCCUCAUCCAAAUGUGUGAUGAGUGGCUAGAAAAUAUGGACAAUGGAAAGUUAAAUGGGGUUGUGUUCAUAGAUAUCAAAAAGGCAUUUGACUCUAUAAACCAUCGCAUUUUGUUAAAUAAAAUGAAUGAGCAAUUUGGAAUUUUUGGCGUAGAAUUAAAAUGGUUUGAGUCAUAUUUAACAAAUAGAGAACAGCAAUGUAAUGUUAAUGGAGAAUUAUCUAGCAAUAAAAUUAUCACCUGUGGAGUGCCCCAGGGAUCUAUACUGGGACCACUGCUGUUCCUAUUAUAUAUUAAUGAUUUGCCCGAUUGUUUGAAAUCAACUAAUCCAUGCAUGUACGCGGAUGAUACUCAAAUCUUUUCAUCUUCCUACGAUGCAAACGAACUUGUUGUAAAUUUAAAUUCAGAUCUUGCCCAUGUCUGUAACUGGCUUAAAGAAAAUAGGCUGCAGAUGCAUCCAUCAAAAUGUAAAAUGAUGUUUAUUGGCUCCCCGUAUAAUCUUAAUAAUAUAAUGUGUGAGGAACCCGUUGUGGCUAAUGCAAAACCCAUAUCACGAAUUGCUACACAAAUGUGCCUAGGAGUAAAACUAGAUGAAACCCUUAAUUGGGAUAGUCACAUUGAAAUGAUAUGCAAGAAGGCGAGCGCUGCUAUUGGCGCGAUGAAACGUAUAAAGCCCUUUGUUCCAAUGCAUACCUUAGAAUCGAUUUAUAAAAGUCUUGUGCAGCCCUACUUUGAUUAUUGUUCCCCCCUUUGGGACACUUGUGGUAAGUUGCUAAGAGACAAGUUGCAAAGAUUUCAGUCUCGUGCAGCAAGAGUCCUAACGGGUGCUAAUUAUGAUACUCGCUCAGCUGAUCUUCUCAACAUGCUUUCUUGGGAUACACUUGAAAAUAGGCGGUCUGGUGCCAAGUCAGUAUUAAUGUAUAAAAUACUUAACGACCACACUGCGCCAGGUCUCCGGGGGUCAUUCGUGAGAAGAGAAAUAGAUCAAACUAAUUAUCAUCUUCGAAACACAGCAACUGAUCUAACAAUUCCUAAACCGAAACGAGAAUUUCUUAAAAAAAGUUUUAAAUAUAGCGGCGCUAUGCUCUGGAAUCAACUCCCAAACGAAGCAAAAUUGGCCGAGUCGCCUCAUUCGUUUAAAUCAAUUGUUGGACAGCGACAUGCUUCCUAAUUAUUUGUAUAUAGUAACGUGUACAGUAUGUGUGUAUUAAUAUUUAGUUUAAAUUUUCCUUUUAAUGAUUUUUAUGAUCUAAACACGCCCCCCAUGGAAACCAGCCUAGAGUUGAUGGGGCUAGCGUGUUCUUCUUUCUGUUAAUUUUAAAUAAAGUAUUACCUACCUACCUACCUUCCACAGGGAUCCAACGUUGGCCAUCUCUUGUUUUUUGUUGUAUUUUAACGAUCUUCUGAAAUCCGAACUGUGCGAAGCCUUCACAUGCAGCAAUUAAUGUAUGCAGAUUACAAAACUCGUGGUUUAUCAAAAAUUUGGAUAACAUUUAUAAAUGGCUUCUUUCAAAUAAAUUAACAACCGAGUACAUGUUCAUUGGAACCCGCUUUAGUUCAGCCCACAUUUUGAUUAUUGUUCUAUGGUGUGGGGCAACUGUGGCGAAUCCUUGAAAGAAAAGCUACAGAAACCACUUCAAAACCUAGCUCCAAGAGUCAUUAUAGAGGUGAUUCGUAUGAAAUACGCUCUUCAGAUAUUUUGGACAAAUUAAAUGGAAAAACGCUUGUGGAAUGAAGAAAAGAGCAGCAACUAAAAUAUGUAUCGAAAGAUCUUGCAUACAAAUGUCCGCAGAACAUUUCAAAUUCUGAACGAUAUUAGUUAAGAAAUAAUAAUAACACACUAAUGUUGACGAAGCUCAAAACCAAUUCAAUGAAAAGGACUUUCGGAUAUGCUGCUGGCAAAGUAUAGGAUCAAAGUAAAAAUAAGUAUUUUAUCUCAUUUGAUGUGUGAGGGGAAAUAACGCUAUGUUUGGUUGUGUGGAAGUUGCGCGUUGAUAGUUUGAAAACAAUAAACAACGUAAGCGUAAACAACCGCCCACAUAUGAAGUGACCGAACGAACCCGACCAUAAAUAUGCGAACCUGGCAAAUAAUCUUCCCCGGAUGACCGCUGCUGAGGCCGCCAGCAUUGGGCUAGUAUUCCAAAGGUCGUAAGUUAGAUUCCCACCUUGGCAUAUUUUUCAAGCUUGCCCGGUGUGGAUAUACUGUACACUCAGAGUAACAUCACAAACAUCAUCUUCACCUGAGUACAUAACACCAACACAGAAAAAUCAACAUCAAUAGUCUUUCUCAAGACUACACUAACCAGGGCAUGAAGAAUAUCAACUGACGUCAAAAUCUGAAAAUGUUAUAUAUUCUACCAAAUGAUUUGUAAUUUUUGGUGUUUGUCAUAAAGUAGUUUACCAAAAAAACCUCAAACAUUACUACCAUAGUCAAAUAAGGCGACACAAAAGCUUUACACAUCAAUAAUAAUGUACAAUUGUACAUUGAGGCACAAUGUUACGAAUCCGCUUUAAUUAAGGCCACUGGACUUGCGUUUACGUUCUUAAUUAACAAAUAAUAUCAAUAUAAUAUAAUAAUAUCAAGUAUAUAUAUAUAUAUAUAUAUAUAUAUAUAUAUAUAUAUAUAUAUAUAUAUACUUGUCAAUUUAUGUUCUCAAGCCGGUGUGGCUUCAAAAGUUGACUGCUGGAAUGCGCAAUCCAGUUACUGCUUGUGCAGGAAACUGAACUUUACGAUACUCAAGAUGCAAUCCACGACAUUUAAAAGAGAUGGCGGCAUGUCAAUUUUACCGUGAUCCCUUUGCACGCAGAAAAUUGUAUGUUUCUAAAAAAAUACCAGAAGACAGAGCAUUGAACGGACGCCAACAUUCGUACGAAGGACUAUCUAUUACUCACUAAAUUCAUGGGGAUACGUCAAACAUCUCUUACUGACACUGUCAUUAUAACCAAUUUAAGUUUGCAAAGGAGCAUGGCAAAAAUAACAUGCCGUCAUCGUUUUAUUCUGUGUUCGAUUUCACAACUCAGGAAAAAUAUCCAAUCUUAUUUGUCCACAGGUGAUACCAAUGGCAUUUUUCUUCAUUAUCGCUUUUGGAAUGGCAUUUUACGUAAUAAGAUCCGAAGAUGAAGGCUUUACUACGAUCCACAAUUCACUUUUAACGACUUUUGUAAUGAUGAAUGGUGAGCUGGAUUACCGUGACACUUUUUUGCUGAAUGGACCUAAUGAAUUUUAUACUCAUAUACAGAGAAUAUUUCUCGUUGUUUUUCUCAUUGUCGUUACGAUCGCAAUAAUGAAUCUAUUGACUGGUUUGGCUGUUGGCGACACAAGUGCGAUGCUAAAACGAUCAAAAGUGGAAAAACUACGGUAUAAGGUAUGAUCGUAAUGCAACUAAGAUUUUACACUGCAUGGUGUCCCUUUAAUUUAACCCUGGAUUCAGAGAUCUUCUGGUGUCACGCAUUAUGGCCUAAUUCCACGACGAGUGAAAUGCGAAAAAUUUCGCGCGAAAAGGUUGAACGCAUGCGCAACAUGAUUUUGGAGUGUUUCCCUGCGAAAUGUUUCUCUUCGCCGGGUAGUUGAAUUCGUUUCUACUCCUGCGAAAUGGAAAUUAUUAUUAUUAUUAUUAUUAUUAUUAUUAUUAAACCUUAUUUAAUGAGGGAUUACAUUGAUUACUUAAUAGUAUUCUUCCCAAUGGCCCUCGAUGUCUAAUAUGAAAAUCUUAUUGAGAGUAUUAACAUUGACAAUGAGUAAUAUGCUUACAUUCUUGCCUCGUCUGAUAAUUAUGAUGAACUGGUGGAACUAUUAAAUUCUGAUUUGAAAAAUAUUAGUAGAUGGCUCUCGGAUAACAAACUGCAACACCAUACUACUAAAACUAAGCUAAUGUUCAUAGGCUCCCGGUACAAUAUCAAAAAUAAAAUUGGAGAUAAAUUAGUGACCUUUAAGAAUAAACCAUGCAUUAAAACGGUACAGAUCUUUUAAAUGUUUAGGAGUUGAGUUGGAUGAACACCUUAGUUGGGAAGUUCACAUUAAUGCAAUCUGUAAAAAGGUUGGUGCAUGGAUAGGAGUUUUAAAACGAACAAAACCAUUCGUCCCCAAUGAAACCCUGCACAUCAUCUAUAAGGCAUUAAUUCUGCCAUACUUUGAUUAUUGCUCCCCUUUGUGGGAUAAUUGCGGAAUUGUACUAAAAGAAAAACUACAGAGAUUCCAAAAUAGAGCUGCAAGGGUGUUGACGGGAGUAAGUUAUGAUACCAACUCCUCUGAGCUCCUUGAACGGCUUAACUGGAAAAAUCUUGAAAACAGAUUUAGAUUUAAUAAAGUGGUUCUGGUAUACAACAUUCUUAAUAAUGGUACUGCCCCCUGUCUUCGAGAAUUCUUUUCUGCACGAAGCAAUAAUGAUAAUGACUAUCAUCUCAGAAAUUAUGAUACAGAUCUCUCACUUCCAAAACCUAAGAAAGAAUUUCUUAAAAGAAGCUUUAGGUAUAGUGGAGCUGUACUGUGGAAUAGUCUUUCUGCUGAGGCUAAGUCUGCUCAUUCGAUUUAUUGUUUCAAAAGACUUAUUUGAAUCUUGUUUUUAAUUGUUAUUCCAUUUGUAACUACACAUUAUGUUCUGGGUAAUAUUCUUUUUGGGUCUGUGGGUUAAUUAGUUUUUUCUUCAUUUUUAUAUACUUGUAAAUAGCUAAAUAGACGCCCCUCAUGAAAACCAGCCGUAUAGCUGAUGAGGAUAGCGUCUCUAAAGAAAUUAAAUACAUACAUACAUACAUUCAAUACAGCGGAACUUUUUAACGUGAUCCACUUCAUAAUUCAAUUGAAGAAAGUAGGUUUGAACUUCUUUUUAUAGGAAUUAAUUGAGUGGUUUUCAAUAUCUUUUAAUUCGAAAUAGCGGCGAAGCAAGUCAAAUGCUUUUCUUUUGCAUGACAUCAUUCUAAAAGCCAUUUUUGUUUUGAUGUCAUUCAAAAAUCGGGUGUUUUUUCCUCUACUGUGGAAAUUACUGACGAGAGAAAAUUUUGGCACAAGUGUGUUUUUGCGCAAAAUGUUUCGCAUUUCGCUCGUCGUGGAUUUAGGCCUGUACAGCUUCGGCGAAACAGGAAACCACCUGAUCCAGGGUAAAAGUUGCUGUAAGAAUCCCUAUGGCCCGUUUACACUAAGCGCUUUUUGCUGCGAUUUUCGUCUCCUGAUGUAUGUGAAAGAGUAGAUGAGUUAUGAAUGUUCACAUGAGGCCUCGUACAUGUACUCAGAACAUUCAUAACUUAUUUACUCGUUCACAUGCAUCAGAAGAAGAAAAUUGCACAGAAAUCGCAGCGAAAAUUGCAAAUGUAAACGGGCCUUUAGAAUCGGACAUUGUUACGUCAGAUUGCUAUAUAGCUGAAAUUUUGCAGGGUGCAAAGCGGGCUCUCAUUGGUUGCAUCCCCACUCACGUAGCCCCGAUAAAUCGCGAUUUAUCCCGAGCAGGCAGAACUUCAGGAAUUGUGGUAGCAUCUGAAAGCGGAACCUUCUUAGCCCAGGAAGAUUCCUUUGGCUUUUUACUGGUUUUCGUAUUGUUCAGUUGGACAGUUGAAGUGAAUUUCGCAGCGGCGUAAAUAUGGGCUUCCGGCAACGUGGAGUGAAUGCCCCCAAAGCUACGGAGCGCCUAGCCACAGAAUAAAGACAUACAGAAGGUCGACUCGAGUAACCGCUAUUAAGGCUGUCCACAAGAUGCUCGGCAACUUUCGAGCAACUUUUCCGACUUUUUUCUGUGGGGCAACUUCUUUUUUUUUAAGACAAUAAUAAUACAGAAUAACAACAUUGCAUAGUUGAGGUAUUACAAUUCAUGACGUGGAAAUGAUAGUUUAGCAAGGAGGCACAUUGUUCCAAAGCUCUGGCCGGGAAAUGGAAUCAUAGUGCGGUGAAAAUCUUUGGCAUAAUAAAGCAAUCAUCCAGGGAAAGGGAAAAUGAUGUUUCUCCCAUGUGUCGAAUGAAGCUGUUGGAGUUGUUUGAUGACCCUCAUGCCAGUGCUCGUGACUUAGAACUUGAACUUGCUACAAUGACUACAAUGGUUGAUGAUGGUAAGCACUUUGUUUUAGCAACAUAUUACCUUGAAGGGGAUGCCCUAGCGUUUGUCAGCUUUAGCCAUUAUGGCAUGCAUUACCCUCGGUUUCAGAUUCUUCCAGCACAAUCAGUGUGGAAUUUCAUGACACGGUCCGUGCAUUCAAAACUGCUCGAUUGUGCUGCCCAGUGAAAGUGCAAGAACUACAUCCAAAUGCAUCCUCUGUCCAGGAACUGAAGCAAUUCGGAUUUUUUACUUGAUGCUGCGAUUGCAGAACUUGUUGAAGAGCUUCCAAAUUAUUUGGCCAUCGCAGAUGGUGUAGCAAUUGAAACAGAAGAGGGGAAAGUGAAGUGGUGGUCUGAUCAUGAGAUGACUUUUCCUAGUUGGUCAACAUCAGUUAAGAAGAUCUUGUUAGUACAACCUAGUUCUGCUUCAGCUGAGAGAGUGUUCAGUUUGCUUCACAAUGCAUUUAACAGACAGCAAGAUGCAGCGUUGGAAGAAACUGUCAAGAUCUCAGUCAUGCUAAGAUACAACAAGCUAGCAAGAUGGCUGAAACAUACACAGUAAUAAGAAUCACAGAGCACAAAAUGUAUUUUUAGGUAUGACUGAUUGUUGUGUUACUCGUUCUAGCAAGUUGAAAGUUCAGGAGUUAGAAACAGUGAACAAUUGUCCUUUGGUUAGGUAAUUAGCCACUUCUUGUAGUUAAUAAAUGAAAACCAAGAUUAAAAUUAUUGAACAACUUCUGAGCAUUAACUUUUAGAUUUUUUGAGCAACUUUUUGAGCACUUUCUGGGAAAUUUUGAGCAACUUUUUUAAAAAAUUUGGAGCAUCUUGUGGACAGCCUUAGCUACCACGCCAUGAUUCAUCAUCAAAAUGCUGACGCCAUGGGCAUAGCCAGUGCGCUUAUGAGAGGCAUUACCCUCCUGGACGUCCACAAUUUUCAAUAUUUUCAGGGGGGUGAAUGCCUCUCAAACGCGUACUGGCUAGGCCCAUGGCGUCAGCAUUUUGAUGACGAAUUACGGUUAUGCCAAAAUCAUUGAAAGAUCAUAUGGAAAACCAAGAAGUCUGGCUUCUGUAUAGUCUAUUCUGUGGCCUAGCCUUCCCCUGUGAGAUCCAGGGGGCAACACGUCGGUGGUGCACAGGGGGUUCCCCGUGAAACGCUGAAAAUAUAAGCACUUUGAUAGUAAUUUAGAGGCGAAUACAGAAAUCAAGACGAAUGAUUUCAAAGAGUCUUGGGUGGUAAAAAAUCUCUGGGUUCUGGACGUCUACUAGGCAUUUUAGCUCUUAUAGGUUUUAGAGAUGAAUAUAGAAUAUUUAAGGUUUCUGGUAUUUUCUUCCGGGAUCAUUCAAAACAACAGUACAAAGAAAGGACCUAUAGCCAUAUUCCCUAAUGAACAAAAUUUUGAUCUAGACAAAUCUAGACAAAAAUUUUAUCACAGUUUGAAGGAAAAUCACAAAAUUAGUAAUAUACCGAAGUUUCGUUGCGAAAUGUUGUAAAAUGCGGAUAAUAUAGCCCUGCGAAGUUUUCCGUUUUUCAGUCGCUUUGUAUUACUCACGGGAAAUUGGUACCUUUUUUCAGAAAGGUCCAUUAACUAGAGCCAAAAAAUAAUGUAAUUGCGCUCUAUACACUGUAAAGAGCACACAACUUUUGACUUUAAUUGACCGCCAGCUACUUUGUUUAGUAAAAAUGUUUAGAUUAUUUCACAACUGGUAUACAAUUAAGAUCAUCGUGGUGUCCCUACCGUCUCCUCUUUUGCUCAUGUUUGUUUACGGGAUCUCUUAUAUUUAUAACUGUAAACCAGACUAGGCGAAGCAUAAUAAAUAAAUAAGUAAAUAAAUACACAUUUGUCGUCACAAUUCCUGAUGUGAUCGGGGACAGGAAUUCUCCAAUUCUUACGUUUCGUCCGACAAGGCUAAUCAUGAAUAUUUUUUAUUUUAAUUUUUAGGCUAAUCUUGUGAUUACUUUAGAACGAAGUCUUCAUAGUUUUCCUUUGGCAUCUCCUCCAAUUGUUUAUGAGCUAGGAGAGAAGUGGGAUCCAACGAGACUGUCGUUGCUGCCGAGGCUGUGGAAAACGAUGACCAACGAGGAUAACGAAGCCGACGAAGAAGACGUGGUUAACUUAAAGCAAAUUGAGGAUCGAUUGAAAACAAUAUCGGAGACCAGUGAAGCCCGGGAGAAAGAACUUGGAGAAGAAAUCAUAAAUUUGAAAAACCAACUUGUCUGUGAAGUCAGUGUAGCUAGAGGAAAGACAGUGGAAGAGCAAUUAAAAAAUCUUUCAGAAAUCAGUGAAGCCAAAGUGAAGAGUCUCGAAGAGCGACUGAAAUCAUUUUCUGAAACCUAUGAAGUCAGGGAAAGGAAUACUCAGGAACAACUGAAACAUCUUUUAGAAGUCAGUGAAGCCAGAGGAAAGAAACUUGAAGAGCAGUUAAACAAGAUACAAACUAUAUUAGAAAUUAUGGAAAGUAAUGUAGCGCCGGCGUUCAAUCAAAGUUAGGCAGGAUUCCAUACAAAACUUGAUCGUGAAAGCACUUGAAAUUAUGAUAUAAUUCGUUGAAUUUACAAAAAAGUGCUUGAAAGUCUUUGAAUCUUUCUUACUUCACUUUUUGUGACGUUUUCUGAAAUUGUCGGCACAUUUUUUAGCACAGUUUUUCACGCUCAGUUGGCAGAGCAUUGGGCUAGUAUUCCAAAGGUCGUAGGCUUGAUUUCCACGUACCGUGGUCACGCAUAUUUUUCAAGCUUGCCCGGUGUGGAUAUUCAGCCAUAUUUUGUCGCCUUGUUUGCUUUUUAUCGCCGAAUCUCGCAAAUCUAAUCCAGUUGUUAUACUUUUACAUAAUCAAAAAAUGGCUAAAGAAGAUUUCAACCAAGUUUCAUCAAGUUUUGAAACAGUGCAGUGUAUUUUAUCUUCGAUAUUGUGUCCUUCGAUAUUUCGUGAAAUAUGGCGCUAUAUUGCAAUCGCUCUCCGCGUCUAUGCCCGAUAAAUGCUACUUCUUCGUCGUCCUAUGUAUUCAGAUUACAGUAUAUCCAAGAGUACUUCAUUGUAGAAUAGUCCCAAUUGAACUGGAAAACUCUUGCUUCAAUGCGAGACAUACACAAAUUAACUAUGAUAUAAAAAAAACACACUGAACUGGAAAACUCUUAAUGCUGAAAUGCGAGACAUACACAAAUUAACUAUGAUGUAUAAGACAUUAAAUAAUUUGGCA